AUGUCAGCUUCACCUAGAACAUGGCGCGACAACGCGUACCUUGUUGUCUCGGGCAUCCAGCUCUCAGCAAUGCUAUUGGUUGAUCUGGUCCCUUUUUACCCGUCUAGUAUCUACGCAAAACCAUCAUCACCCCUGUACUUCUUGCAGCUUCUGCGCGACUACUACAUCUCGACCUACAAUGACCCUUACUUCGUCACGCCUCACGAUGGCCUUCCUUCAUGGUUCAAGCUAUUCACCUACGUCGAGAUCUUCUACCAGGUGCCUAUGGCCGUAUGGAUGGUCUACAGAUUUUCUAGACGGACAGGCACGACACCUGGUUUUGAGCUCGCCGUCCUCGUCUUCACUGUCGAGUGUGCCUUGACGACGCUGACCUGCAUCCACGAUACCCUUCACUGGGACCCUGCUGUGUACAGCCAAGCACAGAAGAACGUCUUUAUUUUCAAUCUAUACGGCCCUUGGGUCGUAAUCCUAUCAAGACUAAACGGAGUAGCGGCAUUGAUGGGAUUGGAUAUGUGGCUGCGUAUCCUGGGCAGGAUUCAAGUUGCAGAGAAGACAAAGUUCCAGUAG